AUGGUAAAAAGUGUUCUGGUAACCUACAUCCUGUGGGCUGUGGCCGGUCCUCUGGGCCUUCACCAUCUGUAUUUGGGAAGAGACAGCCAUGCUCUGCUGUGGAUGCUCACUGUGGGAGGAUUUGGAUUUGGCUGGAUCAGAGAGGUCAUACGCAUCCCCGCGUAUGUUUCUGAGGCCAACGAAGAUUCAGAGAAAGCGAGAAAAAGGGCCUCCGCCGCAGAGCCUCCGUCUUUGGGCCCUGUGCGAUUUGCUGGGCAGGUGUGUGUUGGGAUCUACUUUGGCGCUGUCGCUAUGAUUGCACUGAACUCUCUCAACUACUUCUACUUGAUCGUCCUGCCGUUGUCGGUGGGAGCGGGAGUACAUCUGGUGUCCAACGUUGGUCCGCAGACCUCCAAUCUCCAAAAAACCUUGACUGCUUGUCUCAUCACCUCUCCGAUAUUCUACGGCAGCACCUUCUCUCCUCUCCCGAUCAGCUUGGCUGCCAGUGUUGCUGCUGCACAGCAUCGCAGGAUCAAGCCUCAGCGAGCACCUGGUGACGCCGAGAAACUGGCUCCACGCCUUUACAGGCUCAGUCUGGCCUGGCUGGCCUUCUCUGCUCCAGUGGGUUACUGUAUUUUCCACAACACCACAGCCACGCUGUACUACCUGUCUGACUGUAUCGCGGCUCUGCUGGAUGUUUUCUGGUUUCUGCCUUGGCUCAGAAGUGUGUUGGAGUACAUGCUUUUGAUGCCAUAUCGGCUCUUGUGUGUGUUUACUGGAGGGGGAUACUAUGAAGAGGCUUGGAGGAAGGUUCUGGAAAUACUCCUCAAAGAAUACACACAGAGAGAAAAAGAGGCUCUGAAGGUGUUGUCUUUAGACAGCGAUGCAUCUUAUGAAGAGAUCACUCGAAAUUACAGGGAGCUGGUCAAGACAUGGCAUCCAGACCACAACCGCAACAAGAAUGCUGAGGAAAUGUUUGUGAAGAUUCACCAGGCUUAUGAAGUCCUCCAGAGAUGGCACAGGCCCAGUCGGGUCAAAUAG